CUCCCCUCCCCCUUCUCCUGCUUUUCGCUGCGUGCUUCCAUCCUUUCUCUCCUCCCUCCAUCCACAGAGCUUUCGGAGCUGCUUCUAGUUCCAUUCCUCUCUCCCCUUAUCACCGGUUGAAUUGAAACGGCUACCAGAUCCGACUGAAGAUCUCCGUGUUCUGUUUUUCUUCUUCCUUCCCCACCCUCCCGUUCGGGGUCGAUUAAACUCAACUUUUACCGCCAUUUCGCGACCUUACCUUAACUAACUGACUGACUGACAACUAUCCGCGCCCGAACCCCAACCCAAUUCUUUCCUUCACCCCCAGUCAAUCAAUCAAAACCUUCAUGCUGCCAGCAAUCCCCAUUCGUCCCAAUCCACCCCUCCCCUGAAGAUGAUGAUGGAUUUUCAGAAACACCAUCCUCAUCAUCCAUACCAUACGCACCCGUCCAUGUUGGGCGUCGUCGCCCACGACCCUCGUGCUGCGCCCCCCGCGCCGCCAGCUCGCGCCUACGGGCCUCCACCACCAUCACACCCUUCCUCACCACGCAUGUUUUAUGACCACUUCCAUCGCCGUGAGCCCGAGAUGCCUCGAUCUGGUAUCACCCCUACCUACAGUUACCCGCCCUCCUCGGUCCCUACCUCCGUGCCCCCCGUCUCAUACGCCCAUGAGAACGCCUAUGCGGCAUAUCGGACAGAGAGCAAUGGCUAUCACACAUCAGCAGCGAGCCACGUCUCGCUGAAGGAGCAGAGUCUUCCCGGGGGUAAUCGAGAGCCUGAACAUCGUCCAGACCCUCAUUACCCAGUCAGUCACAUCAACAAGCCUGAACGUCGGGUGGUAUAUCGUGAAGGUAGGCAACUUGCAGUUUCUUUGGAUAUGAUAUCGCUUCCACUUAUAUUAAAUUGCCUGAUAACCUCCAAAUAAUCCUCUGCUAUUGUGCGGUUUUCUCCUCUCUUUGGGUCUUUGUUUUCCUAUUUUCUAUCCACAUUGGGAUGUGACUACGAGCCCGGUAUGUGGGAGUGUCAGACCAUGAUCGCGUCGCGAUGACUGGACCUCUGGGGGCAUGACUAGAAGCAAGUAAGAUGCGAGAAGGAGCAGAAGCUGUCCGAACUGGGAGGAUGCAAAGAAGAAGAAAAAAAACCUCCUCUGAUCGGAGUCUAGCCAUCUGCGAGGAUGCAGUGUGGCGCGGCUGCAGCAUUUGUUUAUCCGUACUACAAUCCCAGCGUCACUGCCAGAUUCCGACAAGGAACCCAAACUUUGUGCCCGGCAGUGCGAGCCAAUCAGGGGCGGUGCAGUCGGCGCGUCUGUGGCGCCUGAUCGACUUCCGGCCCAGGAAGCCUCGG